UGUAAAAUUUCUAUCCACUUUAUAAAAUGGCUUAUUCGGACACUUCCAAAAUAGGCUGGCUAGAGAAUAUUAGUUUCUCAAUCAAGACGCAGGGUGGCGCUGCAGGCUAAGAUUGUGGCGAAAGAGCUCUUUAAAAGCUCGCGUAUUCCUUUGUUGCAAGACCGAAUCAAAAACACCCGGAAGCAGAUCGGCCAGCCAAACUGCGUUACCGACGAGUUUAGGCAGCGACAUAUAAACGAAUUUAAGAUCAAAAGCAACGUUGUGAGGAUUCCUCCAAGCGAGAAAUCAGAAGAGAGCAUCUCAGGUCCUUCUGCGGUCGCUGAAGGGAUUGGAUGUCAGCAUCCGGACCCACCAUGGAGACUCGAGAGAGAAUUCAACCGAACAGGCAAGUAGUCUUUAUCGUGAUGGUAUUCCUGUCUCAGGCUCACCCCGCGCCUAUUCGUUAUUCUGUGCUGGAAGAAUCAGAGAGCGGCUCCUUUAUAGCUCAUCUGACUAAGGACCUGGGCUUGGGAAUCGGGGAACUGGCGGACCGGUCCGCCAGGAUAGUGUCUGACGAUGACAAGCAGCGCUUGCAGCUGGAUCAUCAGACGGGAGACUUGCUUUUGAGGGAGAAACCAGAUCGGGAAGAGCUGUGUGGCCCCACUGAACCCUGUAUACUGCCUUUCCAAGUAUUCCUAGAAGCUCCGGUGCAAUUUUUUGAAGGGGAAUUACUAAUUCAGGACAUAAACGACCACUCCCCAGUAUUCCCGGAUAGGGAAAUGCUCUUGAAAAUACCAGAAAACAGCCAGCCAGGGGCUGUAUUUCCCCUGCAAUUCGCUCAGGAUUUGGAUGUGGGCAGCAAUGGUCUUCAAAAUUACACUAUCAGCCCCAAUUCUCAUUUUCACGUUGUCACUCGAAAUCAUAGUGACGACCAGAAAUACCCAGAUUUGGUGCAGGACAAAGCACUGGAUCGAGAGGAGCAGCCUGAGCUCAGCUUAACCCUCACGGCACUGGAUGGUGGGUCUCCACCUCGGUCUGGCACCAGCAUGGUGCGAAUCCUGGUCAUGGACGUCAAUGACAAUGCGCCUGAGUUUGUGACCUCUCCAUAUGAGGUGCAGGUUCUGGAAAACAGCCCCCUAGACUCCCCCAUACUUACUGUUUUAGCUAGGGAUAUAGAUGCUGGAAACUUCGGGAAGGUCUCCUAUGGCUUCUUCCAAGCAUCAGAUGAAAUUAAACAAACUUUCUCAAUAAACGAAGUCACAGGAGAAAUUCGGCUGACAAAGAAACUGGAUUUUGAACAAAUUAAAUCUUAUCACCUGAAAAUUGAGGCUACAGAUGGAGGAGGCCUUUCUGGAAAAGGCACUGUGGUCAUAGAGGUGGUAGAUGUGAAUGACAACGCCCCUGAACUGACCAUAUCUUCGCUCACCAGCUCCGUCCCAGAAAACAGUCCUGAGACUGUCGUCGCUGUCUUCCGAAUCAGAGACAGAGAUUCCGGAGACAACGGAAAGAUGAUCUGCUCUAUUCCGGAUAAUCUGCCCUUCGUUCUAAAACCGACUUUCAAGAACUACUACACCCUGGUAACCGAGAGCCCGCUGGACAGAGAAAGUCAAGCCGAGUACAACAUCACCAUCACCGUCUCCGACCUGGGGACCCCCCGGCGGCACACCCAGCACAACCUGACCGUGCGCGUGGCCGACGUCAACGACAACGCGCCCGCCUUCAGCCAGCCCGCCUACACCCUGCGCGUCCGCGAGAACAACAGCCCCGCCCUGCACAUCGGCACCGUCCGCGCCACCGACGCCGACGCGGGCGCCAACGCCCAGCUCACCUACUCGCUGCUGCCGCCCUCCGACCCGCACCUGCCCCUCGCCUCGCUCGUGGCCAUCAACCCCGACACCGGCCAGCUCUUCGCCCUGCGCGCCCUCGACUACGAGGCCCUGCGCGCCUUCGACUUCCAGGUGCGCGCCGCCGACCGCGGCGCGCCCGCGCUCAGCAGCCAGGCGCGGGUGCGCGUGCUCGUGGCCGACGCCAACGACCACGCGCCCGUCGUGCUCUACCCGCCGCAGAACGCCUCGGCGCCCUGCCCCGAGCUGCUGCCCCGGGCGGCCGAGCCGGGCUACCUGCUGGCCAAGGUGGUGGCGGUGGACGGCGACGCGGGCCAGAACGCCUGGCUGUCCUACCGCCUGCUGCAGGCCACCGAGCCCGGGCUCUUCGGCGUGGGCGCGCACAGCGGCGAGGUGCGCACGGCCCGCCCGCUGAGCGAGCGCGACGCGCCCCGGCAGCGGCUGCUGCUGCUGGUGCGGGACCACGGCGAGCCGCCGCUCUCGGCCAGCGUCGCGCUGCACGUGCUGCUGGUGGACGGCUUCUCGCAGCCCUACCUGCCGCCGCCCGAGGCCCCCGGCCGCGCGCCGGGCGCCGGCGCGGACGAGCCGCUCACCGUCUCGCUGGUGGGGGCGCUGGCGUGCGUGUCGGCGCUGCUGGUGGGGGCGCUGCUGGCCUUGGGGGCGGGGCGGCUGUGCCGGCGGGGCGGGGCGGCCUCGGCGGGGGGCGGCUCGGGGCCCGCGGAGGGCGGCGUCGCGGGCCAGCUGCUGGACGUGGGCGGCACGGGGACCCUGGCCCACGGCUACCGCUACGAGGUGUGUCUGACGGGAGACCGCAGAACUGGUGAGUUCCAAUUCCUGAAGCCGGUUUUCCCCAACCUCUUGGUUCAGGACCCUGAGGGAGAAAUUAAGAACACCCCCAACUUCAGGAAUAGCUUAGUACUCAAUUAAGUGUUGUGUUUGGUCGAGUGAGCCUCUCCUUAAUUGUAGCAAACCUAACUCCAAUUGCAAUACGUUAGUCUUAAGAAAUUGUGUUGUAGAAAUGUGUAUAUCUCUAUUCCAAACCUAUGCAUGUCUCUGCUAAUAUUUCCUUUUUAACAUUCAUUAGAUUUGGCAUUUUUAGUUACACUGGACAUGGAGGGUUUCCUUCAUAUUGACCUCUUUUGGCGAUUAAUCUCUCCACAACUAUAAAAUACUCAAGUAGUGUAAGAAGAAGUGUUAGUUAAUAAACUUCUUAGCAUCUUUUUAAUGAAACGUUUUAAAGCUUUUGUGUAAUCUUGCAUUUCUAUGUAUUUUUGGUUUUUGUCUUUACCAUAUAGCUUACAUUUACAAGCCAGCAGAGUGUUUGAAAUUCUUUGCUACCUAGACCUUUCUUGUUGACUAUUCUACAAGCCUAUGUGAAUUUAACUUAGCAUACUUAUUUCUCCCAAAUCGUACAUAAACACGUGCAAUACUUAUGUACAACAUAACAUUGUAUAUACAAUGUAUCUUAUCCCAUUUUGAGCAUUUUCUUACUUGAUAGCUAUUUACCUAGCGCACUGUAAUUGCUCCAUAAAUACUAAUAUUCAAAAAAAGUAUUCCCAUUUAUACAUAAGAAAGAGAAAAUCUUAUAAAAUUUGGCAUCAUUUCACUACUUUAAACUGCGUCACAGUUUGACAAAGUACUUUUAAAAAUAUCAGAAACUUAACUACACUCAAAUCCUUUCAAAGGAUUCCAUGUUCUUCCUUUUAUCCUAUAAAUAGAAAUUCAAAUGUAGUUUAAUGGCUGCUUUUUUCCUGGUUUCCCUCCAGCUUCUCCUUCCCUCCAGCUGACCUUUCAAAAGAGUCAGAAUUUCUUCUGAAUUUUGGUUAUUCUGUUCUAGUCUGAUUAUUGGGGGUUACUAGAUUUUCAUUUUAAGUUACUUCGCAGACAUGGCCAGCCUUUAUCAACAAAAUUUUUUUUUGGAUGUCCAAGUUAUUUUGUUUUUUAAUUCAGUGUACCUUUCAGGUAUUUUGCAGAAAUUUACCUUCUCAAUUAUGCCAUACUUUUAUUAGUAUUAAAUAAGCAUUAUUUUUUCUUUAAGACAGUAGAAAUAGAAAUUAAG